AUGCGCUCUACUCUGUGGAUUUCCGUGCUGGCUUUGUUCGCCGCAGUCACCAUUGCCUGCGACGACUCGCAACGUCAGAACUGUGCAGAGUGUCGCAAUGGAUGCUCGAACACAUGCGCUCCUAACGGUGGAGAUAGCGGCGCCGGAGCUUUCUGUUCGGGUUGCUUGCUCGGGUGUCUCGACCUCUGUGGCGAUUGCGAUGAUGAAGGUAUCAGCCAAAGUUGCUCCAGUGUUGCAGCUGCGAUGGCUAUAGCGAUGGUGCAGGUCGGGGCACAGGAUACUGCGAAGGCGGAGACAAGGAGUGUGCCUUCUGCUUCGAUAUCAGCAGCUGCUCAGACUCUAGAUGUGGCGGUGCGGACUGUGGUGAUUGUACUACGUCUGGUGGAAAAUGCAAUGCAGAUAAUGCAUACCUCGGCUGUCCUUGCCAUCCUUGAAAGGAAUGCCAAAGCAGGAAGUAUCGGGAUCAUGUUCUGUCGAAGCACAGCACCAAACAUAGCCGUAUAUCUCAAUGCAGUAGCACCGGUACCACGUCCUGGGUUUGACAACUGA